AUGGGCGUCCAGCUCUUCAAGCUGUCCCUCGCGACGCUCGCCGUCGUCUCAUCCUUCACGGCGCCGGGCGCCCCGGCGCCGGCGCCCCGGUCGCUCGUCAGAAGACACAUGGACCUCGACACCGUGCGCCUCGUGGGCGACGGCGCGGCGGCGUUCGUCGGCGGCUCCAUGGGCGUCGCCGGGACGCUGGCCGUCUACGAGAACAACAGAUUUCAUGCGAAACAACGCGUAGUCUGCGCCUACUGCGAGGGCACGGGCUACCUCAAGUGCGCGACCUGCAUGGGCACGGGCCUCCUCGCGGACGGCAGCAAGUGCCACACCUGCGAGGGCGCCGACGCGGCCAGGGCGGACGGCAAGCACGUCUGCGUCAACUGCGAGGGCACGGGCCUCACGAUCCCCGCGGCCUUCGACCGCAAGGAGAUCAAGGCCCAGGACGACGAGAUCGAGCGCCAGCUCGACGAGAUCGGCAUCGCGGCGCUCGCCGACGACAUCAUCCGCGCGGAGAAUCGACCCGGCGACAUGCUCGAGGUCGGCCGCAUGCUCCAGCGACGAGCGAUCAGGCGAGUGUCCGGGAAGGCGGGCGACGACGCGUCGUCGGGCGGCGACUGA